GCCGCAAAAUAAAAAAAGUCUGAAGGAAAUUCGCGAAAUUCUCGAACAAAUCACGAGGAAAAGUGCUUGCGACGACGCCCCAAGAUGAGUGGCGGCACCAUGUUGUACGGCGGCGACGAGAUCGGCGCCCUGGUCUUCGAUCCCGGCCACCACUCCCUGCGAGUGGGCUACGCGCAGGAGGAUUCGCCCAAGGCGGAGAUUCCCUCGGUUGUGGGUAUUGGAGCAGCUCCCGAGACCAAUCUCGAUCCGGAGACCAAGACGGACAACAAUGCCACGCCAAAUAACGCUGACCAGCGCAAGUUCUAUGUGGACACCAACUAUGUGAAUGUGCCCCGCUCCCAGAUGGAGGUGCAGACCUACAUGAAGGACGGCAUGAUCGACAACUGGGACCUGUUCGAGAAGGUCAUUGACUACGCCUACGCCAAUGUCAUCCAAUCGGAGCCGGAAUAUCACCCCGUCCUCUUCUCCGAGGCCUCUUGGAAUGUGCGCAACAACCGCGAGAAGCUCACGGAGCUGAUGUUCGAGAAGUACAAUGUUCCGGCCUUCUUCCUGGUGAAAAACGCUGUCCUGGCCGCCUUCUCCAGCGGACGAGCCACCGCUUUGGUCGUGGACAGCGGCGCCACCCACACCUCGGCCGUUCCCGUCCACGAGGGUUAUGUGCUGUCGCAGGCGGUGGUCAAGUCACCGCUGGGUGGCGACUUUCUCUCCCGCCAGUGCCGCCAGCAUCUGGAGAAGCACGGCAUCGAUCUCUCGCCGGUUUAUAAAAUAGCCUCCAAGGAUGUGGUCAAGGAGCGUGACAACGGGCGCUUUACGCUGCGCAAACUGCCCGAGAAUUUGACGCAAUCGUGGCAGAACUACAUGCUGCAGCUGAUGAUGCAGGACUUCCAGAUGAACGUGUUGCAGGUCCUGGAGAAUCCCUUCGACGAGCGAGUGGCCGCCCAGAUUCCAACGGUGCACUAUGAGUUUCCCAAUGGCUAUCAUCAGGACUUUAGCUCUGAGCGGUUUAAGAUAGCCGAGAGUCUGUUUGACAACGCCAUGCUGGGCGCUGGCCAACUGGCGUCCACCAGCGUGGGCAUGUGCGAUGCCGAUGUGCGUCUGUCGCUCUUUGGCUCCGUUGUGGUUACGGGUGGCAAUACUCUGCUUCAGGGCUUCCCGGAGCGCCUGAAUCGCGAUCUGCAGCUGCGUGCCCCAUCCAAUACGCGCCUGAAAAUGAUUUCCGCCAAUGGCAGCGUGGAGCGGAGAUUCGGAGCCUGGAUCGGCGGCUCAAUCCUGGCCAGCAUAGGCACCUUCCAGCAGAUGUGGAUUUCGUCGCAGGAGUACGAGGAGGCCGGCAAGAGCCAAGUGGAGCGCAAGUGUCCGUAAAGGCAGCGCAAUCGAAUUCCAAUUUUAAUUUUAAAGACGCAACUCUAUGUAAUUAUAUAAAUGUGAACUUUUAAGUGUCCCAAUUUA